CCUUCCCCUUCCCCCUCCCCUUUUUUUAUUAUACUCAAACCUGUACAGCCGCCCCAACCAUACGGAACCCCCCCCCCCCCUAAUCUCGAAGCUACACCGAGCCAAUUCGCGUCGGAUCGUAAUUCUCGUUUCGUAUCGUCUUCCACGCCGUAUAGCACAUCCUUGAUCGCAAUAUGUCGAACCAGCAGUCUCCUCCUCCUCACAUCGAUCGUUACGUCGUCAUCCACGUUGCUACCACCUGCGAUGAACACGGUGUCUACGUAACGAAGGACUCUGCCGAGGUAAUUGAACUCGGCUGGAUUCUCCUAGACGCCAAGUCGCUCGAAGAGAUCCACCGCGAAAGCGUUCUGGUGAAGCCAAUCAACACACCAAUCACCCCUUUAUGUAUGCUUGUAGCUAGCCUGACGACUCUUACAUGGGAACACGUUCGAAAUGCUGGAACUUUCCGAGAUGCGGUCAACCGGUUUGAUGCUUUUGCUUCUGAGCAUCUAACCUCACAAAAUCUCGAUUUUGUUUUCGUCACCCUGGAUGCUUGGGACCUUCGUGUUCAGCUUCCUCGAGAAGCGCGAGAUAAGGCUGUCGUGCUCCCGCCCUACCUCCAACACUCGAGAACGUUCGACCUUCGUACCGAGUACCAACGCUGGCAACAGCACCACCCCGAGUCACUCCCUUUUGGGCCCUCAAUGCUCUCGAACAUCUGCGCCGCCCUCGAAGUCGAGCCUGUUCAAUCGAGCGCCCCGAUCAAGCACAACCUGCCCUUUCACCUGCAGGCUCUUGCGCCGGCCUCACCUCGACGUGCCAUGGAGGAAGCUGUAACCCUCGCUAGAGUUCUUCGCGGUUUGAUUAGGAAAUCCCAACCGCCCCAAGAACAUCCGGACGUGCUAACGCGCCCCAUGGAUGCCCGCGCUGACGUGCGCGCUUUUCUCUCCGAGCGAAGCAAGGUGCUACACAUGUCCGGCCUACCUCAUGACACCACUCAGUCCGAGCUUGAGAGCUGGUUCACACAAUUUGGUGGCCGCCCGAUUGCUUUCUGGACCUUGCGCACUCCGGAACAACACAAGCCGACAGGUACCGGCUUUGCCGUAUUUUCAUCCCAUGAAGAGGCUGCCGAAAGUCUCUGCAUGAAUGGACGUGCCUUAAACGAGAAAGCUAUUGAGGUCUCGCCGUCUUCUAGCCGAGUCCUCGACCGUGCUGCCGAAAUCCUGACCCCAUUUCCCCCGAGCAAGAACCGCCCGCGCCCUGGCGACUGGACGUGUCCCUCGUGUGGCUUUUCAAAUUUCCAACGACGAACAGCCUGCUUUCGAUGCUCCUUUCCAGCAGUCAGCGCCGGGCCGCAGGGUGAUAUGGGAUACGGCUAUGGGUACGGGCCACCGGCCAUGAUACCCCCACCACAUCACGGUGGCCAUCAUGGCAACAUGGGGCAUGGCGGGGGUCGCAUGGGUGGUAGUGGUGUCGUGCCUUUUCGAGCUGGUGACUGGAAAUGUGGCAACGAAGUAUGUGGUUACCAUAACUUUGCCAAAAAUGUCUGUUGCCUUCGGUGCGGUGCCAGCCGCGCUGGUGCCGCGGUCGUUGCCGACUCGGGGUAUCCUUCACCAAUGGAUAGCGGGUCCAGUUAUGGUAUAGGCUCCGGUUCUAUGGCCGGAACCCCGGGUCCAGGGCCGUUCGCAUCCGCAGCCGGGCCCUUUGGAGCGUCCGGCGGUUAUGGCCACCAUUUCGGGGGACCACCUAGCACGUAUGCCUUACCCUCAGGAAUUGGCGGAGGUGCGGCUCCGUAUCCGUCCAUUAAUGCUCACUUUGGACCUGCCCCCGGCUCUCACUCGGCCGGUCCGUUCGAUAGCCGAGCUGCUGAGGCUGCUUUUCAAUCCGCCAGCAAUGGCCCCGCCUCUGCUGGCCCAUCCAACAAUUUCUAUUCGUCACAGUCAGAAAAUGACCCGUUUGCCUUCCUAUCUUCAGGCAUUGGAGGCCUGUCCGUCAGUGGCAGCGACACUCGUCAGAACGGUGCUGGCGCGCCUCCUAGCAAGUCUCCGGCCUAAUCGCGAGCCCUCUCCGACAUUUGUACUGAGUGUUCAGUAUCCGAUUUGAUCAUCACCGACCUAGGGACGUAUUUGGAGUGUUCAGUGGGAUGUAGAUUAUCGACGAAUAUCAACAUUGGUGGUACUUCUCUGGACGUAACAUGGCACUGUCAAAGGCGUGCGCUCGCCUUUGAGGGACGGUAUAAGGAGUCGAGGAUACCUAAGGAUUAGCGGGGUGUUGCACGGGACCUC